UUUGACGUCAACGAAAGCUUGUUGUUAUCAAUGUGUGUGAAUAUUCACUAUUAGCCUGUUUACUCCCGCUUAAAGUGUGUUUUCGGCAGGCUACAUAAACAUUUACUACUACUAAAUAAUAAUAGUAUAUUUUCAUUUGGUCUAUUAAUUUCGAUUAAGCCCGCGUAUUCAAAGGGUAUUUAACAUAUUUUGCAAUAAAAUGAGGAAGCUGAGAUAGGCUACAACUAGUCUCUGGGCGUCACAUUGAAGUAGCUAUAGUUACCAGAAACUGAACUAACUUUGAAGACAAAUGGUUUUAUGGCUCAGCUCCAGUUUAGUCAAUCUUUUGUUAAAAUAGCAUGAUUCAGAGUUUGAAUUCUCCACAAAACGAGUGCCAUGCCGGUGCUGGAAACUUCGGUGUUUAUCCUAAUUCUAAUCAUCAGAGUCGAAGAUGUCUCGACACUCGUUUUGCCACCAGAAAACGUCACGGUGAGCUGCCACAACUUUCAGACAAGGGCUUAUUGGAAUUACAGCAAGCACCCUCUACCACCUAAUUUCAUAUUACAUUUUGUUACUGAGAGUGAGAACAAGACUGUGAUUGAAACGACAGAGCUCCAUUAUGACUUGACCCACCUCAUGAGGGCGUCCGCAUUCAGCAGUCGCUACUCAGUGGAAGUCAGAGCUGUAGAAGGAGCAGAGACCUCACGACAUGUCAGCUCCCCAAUAAUCACGUUUAACAUCUUGAAGAUGGCAGAUGUCAAAUGUACCCUGGAUUUCCCUCCUGUUCAGCUGUCACCAGAUGAUAUGGGGAUUGCGGUAAGCUUUCGCAACCCAUUCUACUACUACAAAGAACUGGCGGAGUCAAACCUGUUUGACAGAGUCUUCCACUACAAAGUGUUCACUGAGAAUGUAAGCAAAAACAUGUCAUCUCCCACCACACACAAGUGUACAAUGGAAAGUACCUGUGGGGUGGUACUACCCAGCAGUAGGGGACCAUACUGUGUUCAACUAAACGGUUCAAUCAUGGACGGGAGAAUACAAUUCAACAAGACAGCCAUUAUCUGUACCCCAGACCACCAUGCGCAUGAGUCUUACCUCUUUAUCCUACUUGGGGUUCUGUUGGCGGUGUUUAUCAUUGUCAGCUUGGUAAUAAUAGUGAUGGUCUACCAGGUAAAGGCAUGGAAAACAAACCCCUCCAUUUUGCCAAAGACGUUGGCUUCACUCAUAGCAAACCCUAACGAGAGAAGAAUAAUGCAGUUUCCAGAGGAAAGAGUGGAGCACAUCGCCAUUGAGGACGACCAGUCACAGACUGAAGAGGUGGAGAUGAUCGAGGUGGAACGGCCAUGUUGUAUGGCAAAAGACCAGAACGCACAGUUUGGAAGGUUGUUGGAAGAGGACGAAGAGGAGGACGAGGAAGACGAGUGUCCGCCCUCGGGCUACGGCCACGCACACUGCCUGGAUAUGUAGGUGGAGACGCACCCAACAAGGUGAAGGAUUAUGGUGAAGCUGGAGUCCAUAACCUCCAUCAGGUCACUAAGAACCAUGGGGGGGAACAAAAGAUGGUGCCCUCGGUCUGAACUGUGGGUUGUUUUUCUCAGGAACACUUGGUUGCAUUUCUCUGGAAACUGUUGUAAGAAUAUAAAAAGCCAUCAAGAUUCUGCCACUCCGAGAAGUGAAGGUGUGCUGGCUGAACUUUGUACCUCAUCUUAGUCAUCUAGAUGACUAAGAACAAUGGAGUGUUGCCAGUACUGUUCCAACUUAUUUGCUAAUAAGACUUUUUUUCUGUAUGCAAUCAGCAUUGUGGUUAGAUUUGUGAUGGAAAAAUGGUUUUGUGAGGUUUGUUUGGAAGUCAAAAAGGUUAUAAGUGAAGGUCACGGUUUUUACAUAAAUCUUUUAAAGAAAAUAAAGCUUGGACUUUUAGGAGCCUUUAUGGAGAGAUAGUGAAUCAUACAGAAUCUAACACUGGCAGUUUUUAAUAAAAAUUACCUUUUUAACAUUUGUCAUUCCAAUUCCCCCCCCCCCCCCCCCCAUCCUAUUUUUUACAAAUUAAAACUGGAUUGCAAACUGCAGGGCGUGGAAUACCAUCAUUUAUGAAUCCUCUGGAGUACCCCCCCCCCCAAACUACUUGCAUUGUAAAAACAAUGCAUUGUAUUUUCCUGUGUUUUUUAUUCACAUUUGUACAUCUACUCAGUGUCGUGAACUGCAGACAGAAUAUUAUCAUUACCCUCAGGUGUGAGUGGGGGGGAAAACAACUCUGAAAUAUGGCGCGCACCCCAGAAUCCACUAGUGUUGGUAGAGGGAUGUUCCUUUCUGCAGAAGUGUUAAAGGCGGCAAGGCAGUCCAUUGAUUCUCCUUUUAUGAGGGCAAAGUACUUUGACUCCAUAGUCCCUGGAUAAGGUUAGGACAGCUUUAGACCCUGAACGUUGGCUCGCAGGCCCAGCAUCUGCUUCUCUUGUAGGGCUUUCUCCUGUUUGAACGCCAUUUGGUUGGCCUUCUUCUCCGUCCUCCUCUCCUGUUGAGCGACAGAAGAAAGUGGCAUGAAAUAUAUUUGAAACAUCAAAUGUCACCAUUAAACUAACUAAUUUAAUGGUUAAUGAUUAACUUUUAUCAUCGCAUUUUACUGUUCCUUUUAUUGAAACCUUUGCUUUUCACAAGACAUUUAGUGUCCUCCCACAACUACAGUGGCGUCCACAUCUCAGUAUGCUUGUACGCCUACCAGCUCUUCUCUCAGCGUCAUACCUCCCUCUAGUGGUUGACGUGGUGAUGGCGCCUGUGUUAUUAUAUGCGCUACAGGCAAUAAACACCCACUCAAAGGCGGAUCCCACGAUAGGUCUACAUUUUCAGGUCUCAUUUCAGUUUAAUCAAGCACCCAAUUAAGAGGUACUUAAUGUCAAUAGAACCCCCAAACCCACCUUGCGCUCCUCUUUGAUGGCCUGUUUCCUGGCUCUCCGCUCCUCCUGGCUCUCGUCUUUGGGGCGGGGCUGGGUGGCGGUGCGGGGCAGGUCCGAGUCGUUAAUGCGCUCCAUCCGCUCCGCCUGUUUGGCCGUCGGGCCCCGCCCGGGGAGGACAUCCAGUGGAAUGCCCGUUCUGUUGGACACUCGGAUGGGCUUGGUCUGGCGACAGCACACAUUACAACAUGUCAAGAUUCUUGAAGUGGAUAUAUUUGCUAGUAAUGUUCACGCACCAGCACUGUACAUAAAGUAACCUAACUAUUCAAGCCAAGUGGAUAACAGAAAGGCGAAUGAAUCUGUCGCUAUUGUAAUCCUACGAAGCACUGCAUUACUACAGUGACCUUCUGCAGAAUAGAAAUAUAACUUUGUAACUGACGUAACAGUUCUCAAAAUCUGCACUGGACUGGUCUUACCUUUGGUGGAUCAGCAAUGAUUUUGGGGCGGUUAUACAGGUUUGAAUAUGUGCCUGAGAGGGGGGGGAGCGGGGGGGCAGGAAAGUGAAAACGUGUGUAUAACAGCAUAAAAUGUAUACUAGUGUGAAAAACAUAUAAACCUAGUUUGAAGACAUUUUGACCAGUUAUACAUCCUGAGUGAUAUUCUUAAAAGUACAUUUAGAUAGUAUAUUAUCACUCACUGAUAAUGGUCUCACAGUCCCACUUUUCUGCUGGUGCCUCGAUGAUGAGCGUCUCCAUCUCCUGCUCAUCUUCAUCCUCCUCGUCCUCCUCGUCCUCUUUCACUGCAGGCAGCUCCUUAGGACCGAGGUCGUCGGGUCUCUGGAAGCUGAAAAACAUGUUCAUGGUUGUGAUUGUAAAAUCGUAAUGUCAAAUAUACAACAUUUCUAAUCUUGCUGUUUUAUGUUUUACAAUGUCCAGCGAUGUGUGUAUGUAUAUUCAUUGUGUGUAACGUGUUAUGGCUGAAACAGAAAAAUGUCCACCUGUGUGGACGAUUCCCUUUUCUCAUAUUCUAUACCCUUAAAAAAUAUUUUUCUAA